GAUGAACAUUUUUUUUGCACGUCUUUUAAAUUCGUGGCAAAAUGUUAAAUUUAUAGGAUAUUCUGGAAGUGACCUACAGGCGUUGUGUGGGGAAGCUGCGAUGAUGCCCAUCAGAGAGCUCGGUUCAAAUAUUCUUACUGUCCAGGCAAAUCAGGUUAGGGGAUUAAAACUCGGAGAUUUUCAGAAGGCGAUGACUGUUAUUAGACCUAGCUUAAAGAAAAGCAAGUGGGAAGAGAUCGAAAAGUGGAACCGGGAGUUUGGCGCUAGCUAGGUUAACACGUCGUCUUCAUUGAAAAAAAUGUCUUGAAAAAAUAUAGUAAUUAUUAACAUGUAAAA